GCUUCAAGCUGCCAAUGACCAUCAGUGUCGCAAACCCGCCAUCGCCCCCAGCGGCCGCAAUCAGGUUGACGAACAAGGAACCCGACGAAAUGCCUGGCACAUUGGUCAAGCAGAUGCCCUCGACUCCCGUCCCAGACGAGGCGGACGCGGAGCGCAUGCACAAAUACAUCACAGACAGACGCGUAGUUGGUUACGAUCCUCUUGUCCAGCCAGCACUCAUUCGACAUGAGAUCACCUCGACCGCAGCGGCACAGUCAACGAUUGCUCGAGCACGCUUCGCCGCAUCACAGAUUAUUGCUGGCAAGGAUGACCGUGUGAUCGUCGUUGUCGGCCCAUGUUCAAUUCACAGCCCAGAACAGGCCAUCGAAUAUGCCAGAAUGCUCAAAGAGGACAUCCCUAAGUGGGAUGGCCUACUCAUCAUCAUGCGUGCUUACUUCGAGAAACCUCGAACAACUGUCGGCUGGAAGGGUCUCAUCAACGACCCGGACAUUGACGGUUCCUUCAAAAUCAAUAAGGGUCUGCGUGUUGCACGCCAGCUCUUAUGUUCACUAACGGAUCUCGGCAUACCGGUCGGCUCCGAACUGCUCGAUACUAUCUCACCACAGUACAUUGCCGACCUAAUAUCCUGGGGCGCCAUCGGUGCGCGAACAACAGAAAGCCAACUGCACCGAGAACUCGCAUCAGGUGUUUCUUUCCCAAUUGGUUUCAAAAACGGUACAGACGGCUCUGUAAGCGUCGCUGUGGAUGCCAUGCGUGCGGCGAGCUCCCCGCACGCGUUCAUGGGCGUUACGGAACAGGGUCUCGCCGCGAUCGUUAAGACGCGCGGGAACCAGGAUGUGCAUGUUAUCUUACGUGGUGGCAGCAAAGGCACGAACUAUGACGCGGAUUCUGUGCAAGCAGCGGCCGCAGGCAUCAAAAAAGCACGCCCAAGCACCCACCCUUCUCUCAUGGUUGACUGCAGCCACGGUAACUCACAGAAAAAUCACAACAACCAGCCAAAGGUCGUCUCCGCCAUUGCGGAGCAACUCCGUGCCGGUGAAAGUGCAAUCACGGGCGUUAUGAUCGAAUCAAACAUCCGUGCGGGACGGCAAGACGUGCCUCCGCCAGAACACGGUGGCCCCGCUGCUUUGCACUAUGGCGUGAGCAUUACGGAUGCAUGCGUCGAUUAUGAGACGACACGUGCCAUGCUUGAUGACCUAAAUGAGGCAGUACGCGCUCGUCGAGCUCUUCGAAUUGAACGCGGUGUCGCUGCGAACAGUUUGAAGGCAGGAAAUCCUCGUGUUGCGCAACUUCAGAACGUGCAUUAAUGAGUGCGAGCUUUAGAGAGGUCUGUCGGUUGUUUGAUCCAUGUUUGCUUAUAUAUAUGCAGAACAGGUUGUUGUCAUUCUUACAAUAUGUAGUAGAUAUAAAACAAGCUUUGGAUUCGUCUUUU